AUGACCACUCUAUCCUUCUCCCUCCUCCCGGAGGCUCUAUCCCAACUACACGGUGCCCUGGUAUGCCUAUCAAAAUACAGUGACACCGUCGGCUUCGAAGCCGAGUAUGACCUGCUCCGUCUGAGCGCGCUCAACACAAGCAAAACCGCAUACUCGUCUUUCGUGUUUCAAGCAGAGAACUUCUUUGAGGCGUACCAGUUUGGCAUAAGCAAUAAUGUCGGUUCUCGGAAGUUUAACUGCGAAGUGUACUUAAAAGCGCUACUCUCUGUUUUCGUUGGGAGGACAAGUCGGCGAGACAAAGACACCGCAGUUGAACGCUGCGAGUUCGAGGUCCAUGAGGAUCCCGACGAGACUGAAUGCCGGCUUGUCAUCCGCAUGAUAUGCGGACUUGGUGUGAUCAAAUCCUACAAGCUCACCUACGAGUCUACGACAGUCCAGCAUGCAGUCUUUGACCGAACAUUGGCGACAAAUGAAUGGACUAUUGAGCCGAUCUUCUUGAAAGAGAUAGCAGCGCAUUUUAGCCCGUCGGCGGAGCAGCUGGACAUCUAUUCGGAGAAUACGAAGGUGAUUUUCACUAGCUUUACAACUAAGAUCACAGCUGGAAAGGACACCCUCCGACAACCGGUCCACACAUCCGUCGCCAUCGACAAAACAGACUUCGACAACUACCUCGCGGACGACGGCGUCCACCUCGCCAUCAGCCUAAAGGACUUCAAAGCGGUGAUACCACACGCAGAAACAGCCGGUGUCCUCAUAACCGCGCGAUAUACGCGACCAUGCCGGCCGCUGCAACUCGCAUACGACUUUGAUGGCAUCAGAACGGAAUUCACUCUUAUGACGACCGGCGAAGCAGGACCGGAGGAUCUACCCAGUUCGUCGAGGCCUGUACGCGAGCUUUCGGCGAGGCAAACUCCUGCUCCUCGGACUGUGCCUGUACGUGCACCGAGUCGAGCAAGUAACAGCAACGGGACCUCAGCUAGCACGAGACAAACUGCUCCUCCGCGUGGCAGGCCUAUCCGCCCUCUCACGGGCACAUCCACACGGGGCACACAACAGAGCACACAGGCUACAGCUGAGACACAACCAGCGCCGUCUAUGAAGUUUGACAGUCUGUUUGUCCCGGCGGAUGAUGAUAGGCAGUGGGAUGUCGCUGAAGAGGACGAGGCCGAGGCGGAGGAUAUGCUCGGCUGGGAUGCGACUGCUGAUCCGGGUAAUCCCGAGAGUUUCGGACCGACGUUGCGGGAUAUCGAACCCAACGUAGGUAACGAUAACCAGAUGGACCUGGGCGGCGAUGAGACGGGGAUCCCGCCGACGCAACGGAUGUCACAGCUUCAUGGACUCGGACUCUUCGACUGA